UUGCUUUUUCUCGACUAUUUGAAAAUAUGCCUAUCCUCCAGUUUUACAUUAGUCCAAAUCAGCUUUCACUCGAAGAGAAGCAGGAGUUGGCAUCAACCUUAACGGCAAGAUAUGCCAGGUUGAUGCCUGAUUUCUUUGUCAAUGUCAUGUUCCAUGAGUUACCACAUGGCUCUUUUUUUGUCGGAGGCAAACCGACAGAUGGCAAAUUUGUCAGAGUUACAGCUGAGCAUAUUGCUGUAAAUUGGAAUAAAGAUAGUAAAAGAGAGAAGGCAUAUCUUGAUUGGUUGGGAGGUGUUUUGAAGGAGAGAUUUGAGCCGAAGGGAUGGACGUGGGAGUUCAGUGUCACGGAAAGUGAUAGAGAUCUUUGGAGAGUACAGAGCAUUGUUCCUCCUGCUGUUGGAAGUCAAGCAAUGAAGACUUGGGUGGCUGCUGGGAAAGGAAUUCCAUGGGAGGCGGAGAAGUUAUGAUUGGACAAAUUUACUUCACACAAGCAGCAACAUACUUCAAAUUAUGCAGUUUCAUAGAC